AUGAAGGUAGCAAUAUCAGCGUCGGGCGCCCUCUCUGCCAUGUUGUUACUGGCUGGGGAGGCUACUGCCCACUCUUGGCCAGAGGCCAUUCAGCGAAUUGGCCAAAAGGGCGAGUUCUUGGAGCCAAAAGGCUACACGCGAAACUUUCGACCUCGAGGAGGCGCUGUAGAUGACAACUUCUCCAAGAACCUCGGCGGUCCCAAUGACCCAAUCAAGGGGCCCCUGUGCAACCCAGUUCUUGGAAAGAUGGCCGAUGGAUACAAGAACCCCCAGUUCCCCAAGCUCAAGGCCGCCCCGGGCGAGAUGAUCGCCAUUCGCUACUUGGAGAACGGCCACGUAACGGGGCCAGAUCUUAUGAAGCCCAAGAACCGAGGCACAGUCUACAUCUACGCAACCACCGAGCCCAAGGAUGGCCAGCUAAUCCAGGACGUCUACCAGAAGUGGACAGCCGACGGCCAGGGUGGUGACAAGAAGGGUCGACUUUUGGCCAAGCGCAACUACGACGACGAACGCUGCUUUGAGGGUAAGAACAGCAAACCAGAGAGCGACAGGAGAGCGGCGCUGCCAGGGUUCAACCAGCCCGGCAAGGACUCGGACAUCCACAACUGGUGCCAGAACGACAUUAGGCUGCCUGCGGAUAUCAAGAAAGGCGACUUGACCCUCUACUGGGUCUGGGAUUUUAGUCUGACGGACAAGGCAAACACUGCACAGACUAGUGAGAACCUCAACGGCGCCAAGGUCGUAUCUAAAGAGUUUUACAGCUCUUGCAUGGAGAUUACACUCGAUGCCAAUAUCAAGUCGAAUGAGCCUUUCCAGUUCGACGAUAAGCAGAACUUCAAGAACGCUGCCGACCCCAAACAGCUGAAGAUGGGCUUGCCCGACGGUGCUCCCAAGGGAGAAGCGACUCCACCGAAGCCCAAGGAGGACGACAAGAAGGACAACAAGCCCAAGGAGGAAAACAAGCCCAAGGAGGAAAACAAGCCCAAGGAGGAGAACAAGCCCAAGGAGGAGAACAAGCCCAAGGAGGAAAACAAGCCCAAGGAGGAAAACAAGCCCAAGGAGGAAAACAAGCCCAAGGACUCUCCCAAAGACGCUCCCCCAAAGACGAACCCACCUGCCGCCGCACCGACCAACCCACCAGGCGCGGUGCCGACGACUUUUGAGAAGCAGGUCAAGACUGUCACUGUCACCCAGGGCGCGACCACCGUCACCGUCACGGCUGGCGCCGCGCCUACUCCUCCCCCAGCAGCUCCUGCGGCUCCGGCAACUCCGGCUACUCCCGCAGCUUCUCCUAACAAGGACGCUCCCAAGGAGAAUAACAAGCCUGUAUCCACCCGUCCAGAGGUUGAUCCCAUCCCCAUGAUGCUCCUUCGUCGUGGUCAGGGCUGGUUUGGCAUCUUUAACGACUGA